AGCCCGGGGGGGGGUCCCGGGGCCAUGGGGGGGGACGUGAGGAGCGUGUUCCUGUUCGUGCCCAACCUGAUCGGCUACGCCCGCAUCCUGCUGGCCGCCGUCUCCUUCUGGCUGAUGCCGACGCGGCCGGGCCCCGCGGCCGCCUGCUACGGCCUGGCCGGACUGCUGGACGCGGUGGACGGACACACGGCCAGAGCGCUCGGCCAGGGCUCGCGCCUGGGCGCCAUGCUGGACAUGCUGACGGACCGGCUCAGCUCCCUGUGCCUGCUGCUCAACCUGGCGCUGCUCUACCCGCAGUGGGCGGGGCUCUUCCAGCUCAGCAUGGCGCUCGACGUGGCCAGCCAUUGGCUGCACAUGCACUGGUGGGCGGGGCCUCGCGGGCAGAGCAGGCCCCUCCUCUUCCUGCUGUGCGCCGGAAAUGAGGGAUUCCAUUGCUGCCUGUACCUGCUCUACUGGGGAGAGGGGCCCCGCGCGUUCCCGGCCGGGCCCGGGCUGUUCCGGCUCCUCCUGUGGCUCUCGGCGCCUUUGGCCGCCCUCAAAUCCUUCCUGAACCUUCUGCAGCUGGGCGGGGCCCUGAGGGGCGUGGCCGCCCUGGACGCGGCCGAGCGCGCCCGCAAAGGCUCCUGAGCCCCGCCCCCCGCCCCGCCCCCCGCCCCGCCCACACCCAAAGGGGGAGGGGCAAAACCCCGCCCAGGCUCCUCCCCCCAAAUCCCUUCCCGUGCUCUCUGCAAGGGGAUGGACAAAGGGGGCGUGGUCACCACCAAGCCACGCCCCCUUGUGUGGAAUAAAGAUGUUUU